AUGACGCGAACCGUCGGUAUCGCGGGCCUGACAGGGAAGUUUGCACAAUGCAUCACCAAGGCACUGCAAGCUUCACCUGAUGUGUCUAUUCGAGGAUAUUGCCGGAGCCCACACAAUCUGGCAAAGGAAGUCCUGGAGUCUGACAAAAUCGAGAUAUUUGAGGGUGGGUUUGACGACUACAGCAGUAUCAAGAAGUUCGUUCGAGGAUCGGAUGUUGUGAUUUGCUGCUACUUUGGCCCUCCCGAAGUCAUGACACAAGGUCAAAAGGCCUUGAUUGACGCAUGCGAAGAGGAAAAUGUCCCUAGGUACAUUGCUAGUGACUUUGCGGUUGACUAUACCAAGAUCCCGCCCGGAGCUCUGUUUCCCAAGGAGUCAGCAAUGAUCAUCAUGGACUACCUGAAACAGAAGAAGGUUGCCGGGGUACAUAUUCUCACGGGCGGACUCAUGGAAACAUUUUGGAGUGAUUUCUUUGGAAUCUGGAGUUCUCAAACACGCUCCCUUUCUAUCUGGGGAACUGGAGAGGAAUCGUGGGAGCUGACGACUUAUCCAACUGCUGCUGCCUAUACUGCCGCAGUUGCACUGGACAAAAGCGCCGUUGGUGUCUUGCGGUUUUGCGGUGAUCGAAAGAGUGCCAAUCAAAUCAAGGAAACUUUCGAUCGAGUAUACGGAUCCCAGUUGCAUCUCAGGCAGCUCGGAUCUAUCGACCAGCUGUAUGAGACAGUGCAGGAGGCAUACAACAGCGAUCCUACGGAUAUAGCGAGCUGGGGACCAAAAUGCUUCGCAUACUGGUGCAGCAGUGGGAAGGCGCAUCUAGGGGACAACCUUGACAACAGCAGAUACCCAAACGUUGAAGUCGUGGACCUUGAAUCAUUCUUGAAGGGCCAUAGGAUGGAAGAUCUUGACAGAGCAGAUCAAAUCCUUGGGUUUUGA